AUGCCCCCGCCCAUGAACAAUGAUGCGGUGGCCGAAUUUCUUGGGGAAACACUCUCCAAGGCUCAAAACCUUACAGUCCAGCCCGUGCAAAACACGGCCGUAUUGGGUGAAAGGGGCACCCUUGCUGGACCGUUCGCGAUGGAAUACAUUUUCACGCCUAAGACAACUGAUGACGGAAAGCUGGUUCUUGAGUCAUGGGAGUUUGUUGAUUUAUUGACCGCCACUCAGACGUCAAAGAGCGGCAAGGAGUAG